GGUGACAAAAUGAAUUGCAUAAUUUUUUUUUCUUUAUUUGCUUUCUUUUUCCAGCCCUAUGUGCCAUGACAGUAAUAGCGCCAAAAAGUUCUUAUGUGUCUUCUUUUAACGACGUAACUCAAGACAAUUUUCAAUUUUACUAUACAAGAUUACUGGACAUAAUCAAACCUGCUUCUUACAUUGCCUUGGAUCUUGAGUUUACUGGAUUGUGCAAAUCGACAUCGAAUGACAUGACCCAUCGCUAUGUAGCCUUGAAAGAGGCUGUUGAAAAAUACUCAGUCGUUUCUUUUGGUCUUUCAGUCUUUAGAAAAGCAGAUCUCAUCACUCAAGAUCCUCCUCGAUCUGGAUCCUCCUCACAACCUGUCCACAACGUUUCGAAAGAGAUCAGCUCUGAUUUUGGAUUGUCUUCACAACCAGUAAAGACAGUGGCGACCGACUUUUAUCACACUUAUUAUUGCGACAAUUUUAACUUUUUAGUGUGUAUCAACAGUGACUUAGUGGUAGAUGACUCCACAGGCAAAUUCCUGACAGAUCAUAACUUUAGUUUUGAUCGUUUAUUUCAAAAAGGCGUUCGAUUCUUACCACCCUCACAGCAAAAAACCAACACACUUUCAGACCAAGAACGCAAAGACGCCAUUAAAUUGACAAACAUGUGGAAUGCCAUCACUGAUAUUUUAAAAUACCACAAUAUCCCACUCAUUGUUCAUAAUGGCAUUUAUGAUAUGAUGUUCUUAUACCAUAGUUUUCUGGGCAUUUUACCUGACACUUUGAGAGAAUUCGAAUCAAGGCUUUCAGAACGAUUUUCUUCAGGUAUCUAUGAUACAAAGCAAAUCGUGAAAGAAUAUGGACCCGAAUUCAGUGCGAGUUUUUUAUCGUAUGCGUUUAAUAAGGCAGACAGAAUAAGACAGAAUCGAUUUAAUGCAAGCACUCCACUAAAGCCUUAUUUCCAAGUAAUUGUGAAUAAGCAAAUUGAUCCCUUGACACCCAAUGAUACUGAAGCUAUCAAACCAAUUCCUCAUUCAGGCAUUAAAAGAAGACUCCCUUGGAAGACUGAACCUGUUGUACAAUCAGAAAAGAUUGCUUUUUGUAAAGCAUUUGCUGAACGAGGUUAUUGCUCUAAACAAACAACAGAUCCACUACAUCAAGCCAAUAGUGAACUUCAUGAUAUCCAACGUAUUCUCGAUCAUGAAAUGGGAUUUUCGAAAUACAAGCAAGUUUAUCUGUCAGAUAAAUCCCAGACUGAUAUAGACGGUGCCCAUGCUGCUCAUUUCGAUGCCUAUAUGACUGCAUUUGUGUUUUGUUAUUUCAACAUGACGCUUUCUCCUCAAGACUUAAAAGAGGUGUUCAAUAAGAUCCAUAUUGAUAGGUCCAUUCAUCCACUUAGACUGCCAUCAUUAAAAAAGUAAAAAUAAAAU